UAAAUUUUAAAAUUUAUUGUGUGCGACGCGCGCGAUGACAACACAAUAACAACACGGUUCCCAGCAGUAGUACAGCCGUGCUUGUUCCCGUUUAAAACGCGCAUCUAUACUUAAAUUAGUAGUAAAAUUAAUUUUCAAGAGUGACAAUGAAAAGUUAAAGUUUCAUUUAAUUUAAUUUAAGAAACAUCAUUUCAAGAAUUGCAUUUAGUAGUCAUAACAAUGAAGGAGGUAACAAAGACUAAAAAACCAUGGUUUACAACCCGCGACGUCUUGUGGUAUAUGGUGUUCUCUGGUUUUGCAAUAAACUACAUGCUCCGCAUCAAUUUGAACAUUGCCAUCGUAUCGAUGGUACCUGCAAAACCCCCGAAAGCGGGUCACCUGAGCAGCGAAUGUCUUGUACCAACAACAAAUACCAACACAUCGAAAAAUGGCACGCUGACGACUCCAAGCGUGUAUAGCGCGCCUCCCGAUCAUUCGGAGCAUUUUAACUGGGACGAGUACGAGCAGUCCCUGAUUCUCGGUUCGUACUUUUGGCUAUACUGGUUGACCCAGCUUCCAGGUGGAAUACUGGCCCAAAAGUACGGCACCAAAAUCGUAUUUGGUCUAUCGAAUCUCGCAGGUUGUCUGCUUUGCUUUGUCAUGCCGAUUGCAUCGCACUGGGGACCCAAUUAUUUGAUAUUCGUGCGAAUUCUGCAGGGUUUUGUGACUGGAUUUUCCUGGCCAUCAAUGCAUAAUAUGACAGCGAGAUGGAUUCCACCAAACGAAAGAAGCAAAUUUGUUACGGCGUAUUUAGGGAGUUCGCUCGGCGCCGGGCUGACAUUUCCGAUGUGCGGCUACAUCAUCGCAAAUUACGGCUGGGAGCUAGUUUUUCACGUGUGCGGCAUAAUCGGUUGUGUGUGGUACGUCUUCUGGCACCUUCUCGUCUUCGACACGCCGGCCGAGCAUCCAAGAAUCAGUAAUUCGGAGAAAGAAUUCAUACAGAAAAGCCUCGGACGCAGCGUUUCAACGGAAAAGAAAUUUAUUGGUAUACAAAUGGGCUUAUCGGGCUUUAUUUCCGUCCUUCCCGGAUUCAUCUCGCCGACGAUUGUGGGAGUCCUGACGAACAACAACCAAACAGUCGGACAAUGGCAAAAAGUCUUUUUCAUCGCGGCAGGGAUGCUAAUAGUGCCGGCAAUCACCUACGUGUUGUUCGCCAAAUCCGAGCUGCAGGAGUGGAACGACCCUCUAGACGAGCGCAAGCUGAAAAUCAUCCAGGCUGAACUGGAAGGUCUGCGAGUCGACGGUGAAGCGGACGACCGCGAUCGAGGGAAUACUACAUCAAAGGAAAUCAAACAUCAAGAGGCUACUGCUGAGCAAGAGAAUCGAUAGUCUACGCACAGAAGAACAAUUUCACUCACACACAUGUAAAAAUAGGUAGAAAACAAUAAGAUGUUAAUUUUGGUAAUCAAAUUAAAACGAUAAUCAUUGUUCCACACGUUGUGAAA